AUGACUCACCUGCAGUUAUUUAUAGCCACAAAGACGCUGCUGAGGCCACGGUUCAUUUUCCUCCAGUUUCGCGGGAGCACUGCCCUCCACACCUGCCCUUCACACUGCCCUCCACACCUGCCCUCCACACUGUCCUCCACACCUGCCCUUCACACUGCCCUCCACACCUGCCCUCCACACUGUCCUCCACACCUGCCCUCCACACAGCCCUCCACACCUGCCCUCCACACCUGCCCUCUACACUGUCCUCCACACCUGCCCUCUACACUGUCCUCCACACCUGCCCUCCACACUGUCCUCCACACCUGCCCUUCACACCUGCCCUCCACACAGCCCUCCACACCUGCCCUUCACACCUGCCCUCCACACUGCCCUCCACACCUGCCCUCCACACCUGCCCUCCAUACUGUCCUCCACACCUGCCCUCCACACUGUCCUCCACACCUGCCCUCCACACCUGCCCUCCACACUGCCCUCCACACCUGCCCUCCACACCUGCCCUCUACACUGUCCUCCACACCUGCCCUCCACACUGUCCUCCACACCUGCCCUCCACACCUGCCCUCCACACUGCCCUCCACACCUGCCCUCUACACUGUCCUGCACACCUGCCCUCCACACUGUCCUCCACACCUGCCCUCCACACCUGCCCUCCAUACUGUCCUCCACACCUGCCCUUCACACUGUCCUCCACACCUGCCCUCCACACCUGCCCUCCACACUGCCCUCCACACCUUACCUCCACACCUGCCCUCUACACUGUCCUCCACACCUGCCCUCUACACUGUCCUCCACACCUGCCCUCUACACUGUCCUCCACACCUGCCCUCCACACUGUCCUCCACACCUGCCCUCCACACCUGCCCUCCACACCUGCCCUCCACACUGCCCUCCACACCUGCCCUCCACACCUGCCCUCUACACUGUCCUCCACACCUGCCCUCCACACUGUCCUCCACACCUGCCCUCCACACCUGCCCUCCACACUGCCCUCCACACCUGCCCUCUACACUGUCCUCCACACCUGCCCUCCACACUGUCCUCCACACCUGCCCUCCACACCUGCCCUCCAUACUGUCCUCCACACCUGCCCUCCACACUGUCCUCCACACCUGCCCUCCACACCUGCCCUCCACACUGUCCUCCACACCUGCCCUCCACACCUGCCCUCCACACUGCCCUCCACACCUGCCCUCUACACUGUCCUCCACACCUGCCCUCCACACUGUCCUCCACACCUGCCCUCCACACCUGCCCUCCAUACUGUCCUCCACACCUGCCCUCCACACUGUCCUCCACACCUGCCCUCCACACCUGCCCUCUACACUGUCCUCCACACCUGCCCUCUACACUGUCCUCCACACCUGCCCUCUACACUGUCCUCCACACCUGCCCUCCACACUGUCCUCCACACCUGCCCUCCACACCUGCCCUUCACACUGCCCUCCACACCUGCCCUCCACACCUGCCCUCCACACCUGCCCUCCACACCUGCCCUCCACACUGCCCUCCACACCUGCCCUCCACACCUGCCCUCCACACCUGUCCUCUACACCUGCCCUCCACACCUGCCCUCCACACCUGCCCUCCACACCUGUCCUCUACACCUGCCCUCCACACCUGCCCUCCACACCGCCCCCUGCUGUCAGUGUUAUGUCGCAGCAGAGGCUGUAG